CCUUGUCAUAAUUCAUUCAUAACGCAAAUAACAGUAACUUAUAAUCUUACAUACAUACAUCCCCCCUUCUUUACUCAUAUUUCUUUUAUAACGCAAAAAAGUUAUUAUUACUUCUGUUAAAGAACCUCUCUCAAGCAUCUCAAAUACAUCCAUCCCCCUAUAAGCAUAUAGUAGCAAUUAUGGAUUCAAAAUCCACUAGCUAUGAAACAGCAAUUAACAUGUCUGAAACAGAGUCCAUCAAGCAAAAAUCUUCUUCUGCUGCACCAAUUGUAGCUACCACAAAAGCCAUUUCUCAUAAUCAAAAAGGAGGAUGGCGAAGAGGGGUUGCCAUUUUCGACUUCAUUUUGCGAGUUUGUGCCCUUGUGACUACUCUGGCUGCAGCAACUACCAUGGGAACUACUGAUGAAACUCUUCCUCUUUUCACUCAGUUCUUUCAGUUCCAAGCUAGCUAUGAUGAUCUCCCCGCUUUCUCGUAUUUUGUGGUAGCGAAUGCUAUUGCAAGUGCAUACCUUGUCCUGUCACUUCCUUUCUCCAUUGUUUGCAUUGUUCGACCACAUCUAGUUGGAGUCAAACUUCUACUAUUAAUUCUUGAUACGGUAAUGGUGGCAUUUACCACAGCCGCAGCAGCUGCGGCUGCUGCCAUAGUGUACUUAGCACACAACGGCAACUCCACCACACAAUGGGUGGCGAUAUGCCAACAGUUCGGAGAUUUCUGCCAGCGAGUGAGCGGCGCGGUGGUGGCUUCCUUUAUUGCAGCAUUCAUCUUUAUUAUCCUUGUUGUUUUCUCUGCUGUGGCUCUAAGAAGGCAUAAUUAAGACAUUUGGUGUUGUUGUGGAGUAUUUAUCUUUUGUUGUUGCUUAAGUUUGGGUUUGGUGUCUUUCAUUUUGAUUUUGUUGUAAUUUUAUCGCAUACAUCUCUAUUGUUUGAGUUUUUCGACGUCAA